UAAUUAAAAAAUGCUUGACUUGAAGUUGAACUAGGGUUGAACAAGAAGGGAAUCAACAAGUCAAGUUUUGCUUUUAUUGCGAGGCGCAUGCGCACAUAUCCGAACUCCGUUCUCCGAAGUUCGAACUCCGACAGCCGAUCUUCGAAGAAAGAAAGUUGGUUUUGGUUCGUGGUUUGGAAUUGGGAAGAAAUUUUGUGCGUUGAAAAGUAAUCACGUUUAAUUUUUAUAAUUUAAUAUCUAAUGUUGUGUUAAUUUAGGUGGUGCAAGAAGUAUUUGGAGUUCGUUGAAAUAGAUAAGUAACGAGCAUUUUACUACUUUCUGGUGGUAAAGCACCUAUUGUCAUCUCUAUGUUCCAAACGUAAUUCAUAAUUGAAAACUACUUUAUCAAAUCCACGUUCCGAUUUGAACGCUUCUCAUAUCGUUAUUCCCGAAAAAUCCAGAGUGAUGGAGGCUCCAAGCAGUCCAAGCCAAGAAGAAAUCGAAACUUUCAUUCAACAAACCCAAUCUCCAGCAGGUAACCGAUACUGGGUAAGAGAAAAACGUGAAAUCGUGUACAAGAUUUUCCGGGCAGAAAUCUUAGACCAUACUUUAUCUCUAACCACGACCAAAGUUAGAGAGGCCAUAGCUCAACUGGAAGAAGUUCCAGACAUCUUCAUGGAGGCGAGGAUAAAAUCAUUUGUGUACAGAGCUCGAAAAGAUGUAAAUAAAUCCCACGAUAACGAAACAGAAUCUCCAGCACCAAGUAAGUCUUCGAAGCCGAAGACAAACAGCAGCAAAAAACCAAAAGCUACUCGAAAAUUCUACUGGGUUCCGGAAAAAAGGCGAAUUGUGUACAAAAUCUUCAAAAAAGAGAUCCUCGAUGUAGAUUUGCAAAUCGUUGCCGAAAAAGUUCGUCGAGUGUUAGAUGAAUUCGGAGAAGCAGAUAACCUAAAAAAUUCAAAUAGAGUUCGCUCAUUCGUUACUCGUAUUCGAAAGGAACGAUUACGAAAAAUAGAAAAUGGGAAAUCCGUCACACCUUUGCCGAGUGAUACGGAAAGUGGCGCUGAAGGUACAACCGAUUCACCUGAAGGAGCCGAAUUGCCGAGUGAAAGUGGAAAUGAUUCUGGUACUGUUGAUCAAGAUGCAUCGGUCAAUGAUCAGAAAGAAAUUAAAGUGGUUUCUGAUCUCGAAUCAUUGAUCGAUAGCAGCAUGAAUGCAGCACACGUUGGUGAAGAUGAAGCAGAUCGUGUCCCAGACGAAACGAAAUUGGAUUCUGGUGUACAUUCGUUAAAAGAAGAGAACUUGGAGCACGAGGAUUACAAAAGCUCGUCGGAAAAUGUUGACGAAAAAGCGAAAUCAGAUUUCAUUUUGGAAUCAUUCAUUGAAAAUCGUUCGAAAUCCGGCAAUGUUAAAAGUGAGCUGGAAAGUGGUCAAGGAGAAAGGAAAUGUUAUCCUCCUGCGAAUUCCUUGAAAAGAAAGAGCUUGAAGUUCGAGAGCAACGACGACGAUACGAUGGAAAAUACGUACGAAGCAUCGAUCUCUGCGGAUGUUGAACAGUCAUUCAAUAAAAGUUGUUCAGAUCAGAGUAACGUUGAAGAAAGCAAAUCGGAAAAUGAUCAAGGAGAAACGAAACUUGAUUUUGUUGAAUCUUCAAUGAACGAAAGUACCAGUAUGGAUAUUGAAAACGAUGAUUCAUCGAAAAACGCUGAAGAAGACUCGAAAUGUAAUUCUGGUUCUGUUGCAGAAUUAUUGAUUGAAAAUCAACUGAGCUCGGAAAACGUCAACAAAGGUGCUUCGGAAGAUGAUCAAGAAGAAACGAAACUCGAACUAGAUAAACAAUCGGCCGAUGAAACUGCCGCUGAAAAUUUAGAAAACGACAAGCAAGCUCCGAAAAUUCACGAGGAAGAGAUGAAAUUUGAUCCAGGUACGCAGUCGUCGAAUAAUAACGAUAUGGUUUCUGAAAAUAAUCACGACACGGUGGUAGUUGAUCAAAAUGAAGCAAAGCUUCCCUCUGCUGUACGAUCGCCGAGUGAAAACGAGUCUCAUUCUAUGAUCAGCGAAACCGUUCCGGAAAAUUGUUCUGAAGAAACGAAAUGCAGUACUGUUGUACCAUCAUCAAAUGAAACUGAAAAUACCAACGGUGAUAUAUCGAAAACUGGUGCUGAAGAAACGAAAUCCGAAUCUGUAGCUGUACAAUCAUUGAAUGUCAUCAUGGAUUCUGAAAACACCAACGGUGAUACGUCGAAAAAUGAAGCAGAAGAAACGAAACUUGAUUCUGGUAUACAAUCGAAUGGUACAGAUUGCGAAAAUAUCGACAAUGGAGCAUUGGAAAAUGAUGAAAAAACAGGCACAGAGUCGUUGAAUGGGAACUGCAUGGAUUUCGAGAACACUAUUGAAGAUUCGUUGGAAAAGGAUGGAGAAAAAACAAGAUUCGAUUCUGUGGAACAAUCGUUGGAUGAAAGUCACAUGGACUGUGAAAAUAACGAAAAAGUCUCCGUUAAUCGAAAAAGAAAAUCGUCUCCUAAAAACGACGAAGAAGUACCAGUAAUUCCGAAAAAGAUAAAAACUCAAUGGACUCCCGAGAUGAUGUCCGUCAUGAAGAAGCAUUUCGCAAAACAAUUAGCCGAAAGUAAUUGGCCGGUGGAAUCCGAUAAAGUAGAUUUUAUGGUCAACUUUCUGAAAUCCAACGGCUUCGACGGUAUCACCAGUGAAAAAGUUUUUGCUUGGGCGAAUAAUCAGCUCAACGAUAAUUCCGAAGUAUUCAACGAUAAAGUCGUUGAAUGUCUCGUCGGAGGCGUAAUGAAUGGAAAUGUCGAUUUAGAAUCCAUUCUAAAAUCGAAUAUUGAACACAACGAGCUACCCCAGUCAUCUUCCAAUGAAUUCAACGCCGAAAAAUUGAAUGGCACGAAUGAUCUUCCAUCAGAACAAUCACGUUCCUUAGUUUCUGUAGAGGGAGAUAUUUUCGAUGAUCUGGGAGUAAUCAAAUUACCUCCAAAGAAACCACAAGUUGCCGAUGAAGUGAAAUUGAAUGAAGAAAACGAAGAUUUGUGAAGCGAUAAAAACGCAUUCGUCGGAGAAAACGGUAAAUGUUACUUGGAAUUUUUUUAAUGUUUUUGUUUUCUGUUUCCGUUUUCUUCCUUUUUUUUUUUAUUGUAUGUGUUUGUUGAUUCUGUUUUCGACUAAAAUAAAUUAUAUAUAGGUAUAAAUUAUUUGGUAGAAUAAAGUAUACUAAAAAGUAGAAUAAUUUUAUAUUACUAAUUUAAUAAUUUCGUUUCAAACGAAAAUUUUUGUUAUUUAUUUUUUUUAUUGCCAAGCAUUUAUUUCUUAUUUUUACUUUUCAUGAUGGUUUUAUUGUACGAUUAUUGUUAAAUUAUCCAUUGUUUUUCUACAUUUGUAUGAUUAAAUCGUUUUUGGCCAUUAGUUAA